AUGUCACGCAUUCAUCUAUCGCUCGGAUAUGAACCGCUCAGCAACAACGCAAGGGAGAAGAUCUGGGACAAUCUGUUCAAGAAGCUACAGCAGGAUCACAAACGUGGCGGACCUGAGAUCACUUAUGAGUAUGACGCCAAGAGGUAUGUCCAAAGUCGCGACGUUCAGGCUCUGGAAUGGAAUGGUAGAGAGAUUCGGAACGCCUUCCAAACCGCCGUGGCGUUGGCUGUGUUUGAUGCCAAGUACAAAGCAAGCGGCAAAGUUCCGGAAGUGACAGAAGCCCACCUCAAGCAGGUUGUUUCGAUGUCUUCAGCGUUCCGGAAAUAUAUGACGGCAACACAUAGCGGUAUGGAUGCCUCGUCCUGGGCGUAUAAGCAUGGUAAUCGCGAAGACAAGUAUCCGGGCACGCUGGCGAAAUGA